AAAGUGACACAUCCUCAUUUUAAAUUAUUUAAUAAUUACACGUCAAAUUUUAUUUUAAUUUUUUUAUUAAAAUCUUUUGAUUCCUCCCCUGCCUUCUAUUUCAUCUUCGAUCCCUCUUCUUUCUUUCCCAAGCAAAUCCCAAUUCAAACCAGCACAUUUUCUAUUCCAUCUUCAAACCAAAUCCCUUUUUCUUUCAUCCCUUUUCAAAAUAACAGCUUGGAGCUGCAGCCGCAUCAGCCACCAUUCAUCGUUCAUCCUCCAUCGCUGAAGCUUCCCAAAAUCGGAAUCCUAUUAUUCUUCGUCUUGGUCCAGCUCCGCCACUGGUUCUCGUUCUCCAUAGAUUCAAGCCCUGGCUCCGCCAAUUUCGAUUUCCCAUCCCCGCCCAACCCGAACCACACUCUGACUCAGAGAAGGGAAGAAGAAUCGAUUGACCGAUCUGGGCGUUUUUUAUAUAGAAAUCAUCUGGAUGUUUUUGAAAGAGAAAGAAGACGCUCCAGAUGAGUGGAGAAGAAAGUGUUUUGUUUUGUGGGUUGUCAUCGUUUCGGGAAGAAGAAAUGAAUUUUGUGUUGUUUUUCAUUGAUGGAGAUGAAGAAAUCAGAGAGAAGAGAGAACAACAACACCGAUUUUGAAGAUGGAAAGGUGACGAGGCGGUGGAAGAGGACUGAGAUUAUUGUUUUUUUUAUUUUCCUUUUCUAUGAAUUUUUUUAUUUUUAUAAUUUGUUAUUUAAUUUAAUUAAACUUAAAGGAUAAACUUUAAUAUUUUUCUAUCUGUCAUUUUCCCC